AUCUCAAAACAAGAGGAAACACGCAGGAGGGGGCUUGUUAUUGACCUUAACAGAGAGGGAGAACAGUGACUCGUAAAGCUGCAGACACCUGAGUAAUAAACUGGAAUUAAAUAGUAUUUGUAAUCAGAAUCAAGACUGUAACAGUUAUUCUGGACUUCUGGGGUGUCCAGAACUGAGCUGAAGGGCGCGUGGAUAAGAUGCAUGGGCAUUCAAUCUACUGUCCUUAUUUGCAGUGAUUCCUUUAAUGAAGCCACAUACUGCUGCUCUACUACUCCCUUAAGAUGGCAGGAGAUAAGCACAGAUAAAAGGAGGUCAAUGUUUUAAUCUUCGGCUUCACAUCAAGACAAGAAAAGUUUCAAUUGUGACUGAAUCCCACCUGGAAACUGUGUUCUAAUUAAUAAAUAGUGAAACUUGAACAAUGGCGUCCCACAGCCCUGUUCCCACACAUGAGGGGACUAAUGGGGGCCCACCAUCUGUCAAAUCUGGAAGCUCGCAGGAGUCCAUGAAACUAAAGAAGGAGAUCUCCCUCUUGAACGGGGUCUGUCUGAUCGUGGGGAACAUGAUCGGUUCUGGGAUCUUCGUCUCACCCAAGGGCGUUCUCAUUCACAGUGCCUCCUAUGGCCUCUCUCUAGUGGUGUGGACCAUUGGAGGCAUCUUCUCUGUGUUCGGUGCUCUGUGCUAUGCUGAGCUGGGGACCACCAUCACCAAAUCUGGGGCGUCCUACGCCUACAUCCUGGAGGCUUUUGGGGGUUUCCUGGCCUUCAUUCGUUUGUGGACAUCCCUGCUGAUCAUUGAGCCAACCAGCCAGGCUGUCAUAGCAAUCACAUUCUCCAACUACAUGGUGCAGCCCAUCUUCCCCACCUGUAUAGCUCCAUACGUGGCCAACAGGCUGCUGGCUGCUGCUUGUAUAUGUUUGCUGACUUUUGUGAACUGUGCCUAUGUGAAGUGGGGCACCAGGGUCCAGGACUUCUUCACCUAUGCCAAGGUCAUUGCUCUCAUCGCUGUCAUCAUCACUGGCCUGGUUAAGAUUGGACAAGGUUACACUCAGAACUUUGAGGGCAUGUUUGAUGGCUCCUCUAAAGAUCCUGGAGACCUUGCUCUGGCUCUGUACUCAGCUCUGUUUUCCUACUCUGGAUGGGACACACUCAACUUUGUCACAGAAGAGAUAAAAAACCCUGAGAGGAAUUUGCCUCUGGCCAUCGCUAUUUCCAUGCCCAUUGUAACAGUGAUCUACAUUCUAACCAACGUGGCUUACUAUACCAUCCUCCCCAUCAAUUCCAUCUUAGACAGUGAUGCUGUUGCCGUGACGUUUGCAGAUCAGGUGUUUGGAGUGAUGAACUGGACCAUUCCUCUUGCCGUUGCUCUUUCUUGUUUUGGAGGGCUCAAUGCCUCCAUCGUGGCUGCCUCCAGGCUAUUCUUCGUGGGCUCCAGGGAGGGCCACCUGCCUGAUUUCCUGUGCAUGAUCCAUGUCCACCGCUACACUCCCAUCCCUGCAUUGCUCUUCAAUGGCUUCAUGGCUCUCAUAUACCUGUGUGUAGAAGAUGUUUUCAGGUUGAUCAACUACUACAGCUUCAGCUACUGGUUCUUUGUUGGUCUGUCUAUUCUUGGCCAGUUGUAUCUGCGCUGGAAGCAGCCAGACAGAGAGAGACCCCUAAAGCUCAGUCUGUUCUACCCCAUCAUUUUUUGCCUCCUCACCAUCUUCCUGGUGGUGGUGCCUCUCUACAGCGACACCAUCAACUCUCUGAUUGGCAUUGGCAUCGCCCUGUCAGGAAUUCCCGUUUAUUUCCUCUGCUGCUACACGCCGGCCAGUAAAAGACCCUUGUGGUUACGCAGCUUCAUUGCUAAAUGUGGUGUGCUGAUUCAGAAAGUUUGCUUCUCAGUUCUGACAGAGAUGGAUGUCGACAAAGCAGAGUAAAGAAGCUUAGUUUUCUCAUCCUGCCAGAGACUGAUGCCUCUUGGAGCUUAAAACCUGAAUUCAUAUUGACCUGUUGCUGCUGCCACAAGACCUCAACAGAUAAACACUUUGGGCUUGAGCUGGAUACGACUCUCUGACCUGCUAAUCAGGCAUUUAGGUGCUGGAAAAAGUUUCACUCUGACUGUGACUUCAAGGAGAACAUUAUGAUGCACUCCUGAAGAAGUCAACACUAAUUUCUAUUACAGAACCAUGCAGGUUUUUAGAGAAUUAUUUAACUGAUACACCAAGUAUUUUCUGUGAAAUUAAAUACAUGAAAAGCUUUUCUGAUUUUACUUGAAGGCUGGAAAUUGUUUUUAAAUUAUACAACUUGGAAACUGAAAGCACUGCCGACUAUAGAAACAGCCUUGGUAUUAUUUCUAUAAAAAACAAUUAAAUAGGUUAGAGUAUGUCACUCCAUAUUCACACGCAUGUGUUUUGUAUUGUCAUCUGUAACGUCUGGUGAAGUAAAGGGCUAUUUUUACACAGAUUUUCCAAUUCUCCAACAGUGUUUGAUUCAAACAUUGUUAAAUGUUGACGAGUUUGAAGAAAUCGAGCUGCAAACAUGUAUUUAUAAUAAAAAGACAA